ACAGAAGCAGAAGGACUGAACCCCUCCCACCUUUCCCAUUGCAAAAAAGAGGAGUUUAAAAAGAGGAGACGUUCAGUCACAGCUUUCUUGGUUCACUCUCUCGCAGUGGCACCAUGACGCUCUGUACGUUUUUCACACUAACUUUCAUUUUGGGACUUUCUUUACAUGCUCAAGGUGACAGCACAGAUCAGCCUGCUCCUGUUGUUCAUACGUCUCUGGGAAGCUUGAAAGGCACAUAUGUGACAGUGAAAGGCAAAGAGACUGGAACACAUGCCUUUUUAGGAGUCCCGUUUGCUAAGCCGCCUGUGGGCCCAGCUCUUAGACUUGCUCCACCUCAGCCUGUAGAAAAAUGGAGUGGAGUGAAAGAUGCAACUGAACAACCUCCCAUGUGUAUUCAAAGUAAAGCAUUCUUGGAACAACUUUACUCUAAAGUAGGAGUAACAAUAGAACUCCCAGACAUUUCAGAGGACUGCCUUUACCUCAACGUUUACAUUCCUGCAAACAGAGCUCCUGAAACCAAGCUCCCUGUUAUGUUUUGGAUCCAUGGUGGAGGGUUUGUUUCGGGUGCAGCUUCUUCAUAUGAUGGUUCUGCGUUGGCUGCGUAUGAAGAUGUGGUGGUGGUGAUGAUACAGUAUCGCUUAGGACUUCUGGGAUUUCUCAGUACUGGAGAGAAAGACAUGGCUGGAAACUUUGGUCUUUUGGAUCAGGUGGAGGCUCUGAAGUGGGUGCAGCAGCACAUCCACAAUUUUGGUGGGAACCCAGAUCAAGUCACUAUAUUUGGGGAGUCUGCUGGAGGAAUGAGCGUGUCUUUUCUGUUCCUUUCACCUUUGACAAAUGGACUGUUCCAUGGUGGAAUUGCAGAGAGUGGCACAGCUGCACUCUAUGAUAUGUUGCAAAUGGACCCCCUUAUCACUGCAACGAUGGCAGCAAACAUGUCUGGCUGCAGCCUUGAAAGUCCUGAAAUUAUUGGUAACUGCAUGAAAAAUGUUGAUCUACAAAAACUAGUGCCACUCACAGAGGUACCAGAACUGAGAUAUCCAAUAACUCUGGAUGGACUUUUCUUGACCAAACCUGUAGAUGAACUGUUCCGUAACCAUGAGCUACUAAAAAUUCCUUUUAUGACCGGUGUAACAAGCGACGAAGGUGGCUGGAUACUCCCCAGUUUUAUGGCGCCUAAGAACUGGACAGAGGGAAUGACUCGGGAUGAAAUUAAAGGCAUACUGUCCAUCUUCUACCCUUCUGAACCCAAAGAUGUAGCUCUGAACUUGAUCAUAGAUGAAUACACAGGAAAAAGCGAGGAUCCCAAAAUACUCCGGAAGGCCUUCACUGAUAUUCUUGGGGAUUUUAUUUUCAUCAUUCCUGCACUGAAAACUAUAAACGCUCAUACAGAGGCUGGAGCUCCUGUGUAUGUUUAUGAAUAUAACUUUGUCCCUCGGAGACUGAAGAAAAUUAGGCCAGAUUUUGUCGGAGCAGACCACGGAGACGAUCUCUUUACUGUGUUUGGAUUCUGCUUUGCAACUGCUCAUAUCAGAAUAACAGAAGAGUGCUCAAAAGAGGAGGAAGACAUCAGCCAAACUGUCAUGAAAUACUGGGGAAACUUUGCUCGCACUGGGUCUCCAAACGGGGAUGGCCUGGUGCACUGGCCACAGUAUGGACAAGAGGAGAACUACCUGUUUAUUGAGGCAGAGCAGGUGGUCCGUCAGCAGCUGAGGAAGGAGAGAUUUGUGUUCUUGACUCAGACUCUUCCAAAGAUGUUGGAUGAGCUCAAGAAGGAAGAGCACAUGGAGUUAUAGAGCAACUGGACACAUGCAGAAAAAAUAAUUUUAAAUAACUAAACACAUAAAUCACUGAACUUAAGAGUUGGCAAACCAAACUAUUAUGGAAGGCUGACCUAAACUUUGUGCACUUCCAAACACUCAAUACUGUGACUUAGAUAUAAAUAAGUACGAAUAUAAAGUUCAUAUUUUUGUUAAUCUUCUAGGUGCUGUUUUCUGUGUCAAAGUUUGAAGUAUUACUUUGUUUAGAACAGUAGUUUGCUUUGUCAAAUCUCUCACCUGCUUCUCAAGGGAUUUCAUUUUGUGUGAAUAUUUGUUUUUUCACAUUGACUUCUUUACAUAUGUUGUUUCUUCUUCUGACCUGGUGGAGGCGCAUUUGUGCAGUUAAACGACACCUAAAUACCAAGAUGUUGCCACAAUUGGAGCAAAACUUGAGAACUGCACUGUAACUUUAGUAUUGACAAGCUAUACAAUAAAAGAAA